AUGGAAUAUUCCAAGAAUAUACUUUUAGGGGUAAAAAAUAAGGUAGAAAAUGGAGUAGGGUUGAAGAUGAAACACUUUUUACUCCAUUUUUUACUCAAUUUAUGGGAGAAAAAUGGAGAUGGUCUUAGUAAUGCUUUAGAAUCUCGUUAUGAUUUUUUCAAACAAAAAUCCGACGCUAGAGGAAGAAUGGGUUUCAGUAGUAUACAAAAAUGUGCGGCUGCUCUUAGGUAUUUGAGAUACGGUAUAUCAUUUGAUACAUCUGAUGAAUACUUGAAAGUAUCCGAGAGGACCGCAGUUGGAUGUGUAGAUUGGUUUUCUGCAUGUGUGUAUGAGGUUUUUCACGAACAAUAUUUACGCAAACCUACUCAACGUGAUAUUGAGAGAUUAUAUUUGGCUCACGAAGAAAGGCAUGGAUUUCCGGCGAGGUCUAACAACGACCUUAAUGUUCUUGGUCAGUCUCCACUUUUCAACGAUAUUUGGACCAACAAAGCACCUGAUAUGACGUUCACGGUGAACGGGCACGCGUACAAAUAUGGUUACUACAAUGGUGAUGGGAUAUACCCGGAUUAUUCUACAUUGAUGAAGGCAUACUCGGUUCCUCGAAGUGAAAAGACAAAGUUGUUUACAAAAAAACAGGAAUCAACGAGAAAGGAUAUCGAGAGGGUAGAUGGUGAAAUAUCGAUUGUGUCACCAUUAUUGAGGUCGAAUCUGACACGAGCAUUCGAUUACAAUCACCUAUAUGUGCUUCAACCGUUUGAAAUAAACGACAUUUUGGACAAUCUUUGA